GCACUUAAUUGAUCACGUGACUAAACAAAAUGGCUGCCGAGAUCAAACCCACUAACAAAAGUGGGAAUGGAAAUGUACGAAAACCAGUGUUAGUAAGUAAAAUAGAGGGUCAUCAAGAUGAUGUCAACAUGGCGUGUAUUAUCCCUCGGGAGGAGGGCGUUAUUUCAGUGAGUGAUGACAAAACUGUUAGAGUAUGGUUACGAAGAGACACAGGCCAGUACUGGCCAAGUAUUUGCCACACAAUGCCAGCUGCUGCAUCGAGUAUGUUGUUCAAUGGAGAGACAAGAAGAUUGUUUAUUGGUCUUGAUAAUGGAACUAUAUCUGAAUUUACAGUAUCAGAUGAUUUUAACAGAAUGUCACUGACCAGAGAUUACCUUGCUCAUCAAAGCAGAGUGACGAGUAUGCAGUUCUCAUUACAACGAGAAUGGCUGUUAAGUUGCGGUCGUGACAAGUAUUUUCAGUGGCAUUGUUCCGAGACCGGGCGCCGUCUUGGUGGAUACCAAGCUUCAGCAUGGUGUCUGUGUUUAGAAUUUGAUGAGCAGUCUAAUUAUGUAUUUGUUGGAGAUUUGUCUGGGCAGAUUUCAGUUCUGAAGAUUAACAACCAAACUUUUAACCUAAUUACAACUUUAAAAGGACACUCUGGUAGUGUAAGGAGUUUAGCCUGGGAUGUCAGUAGGAGCUUGUUAUUCUCCGGAAGUUAUGACCAGUCUGUGAUAGUGUGGGAUAUAGGUGGUCGUCAAGGAACUGCCUUUGAAUUACAGGGACAUCGUGACCGAGUACAAGCGCUUGUUUACUCAACUGCCUCUAAACAAUUGAUUUCCACAGCAGACGACAAAAUUAUAGGUAUAUGGGAUAUGGCAACUAAACGAAUCGAGACACCAGAGUGGGCGGAGAAUGAUCAUUGUCAAAAAUGUGAGAAGCCUUUCUUUUGGAACUUCAGAAAAAUGUGGCAGGAGAAAACUAUAGGUAUUAGACAGCACCACUGUAGGAAAUGUGGUAAAGCUGUAUGUGAGAAAUGUAGUAAUAUGAAAUCUACGAUCCCCCCAAUGGGAUAUGAGUAUGAUGUGCGAGUCUGUGAUGAUUGUUAUGAGAAGAUAACUGAUGAAGAACGAGCCCCUUUAGCAACAUUCCAUGAUGCCAAACAUGCAGCAGUGUAUAUGUAUUUAGAAGAAACUAGAAAACGUUUAAUAACUGUAGGCAAAGACAGAGUUAUAAAGAUAUGGGACCUGACAAGUGUGUUACAUUAGUUAUACAUUAGUGAAGAACAGGGAACAACAUUUAAACAGCUCUAUAUAUCUGACACUGGAGACACCGGCAUAAAACAAAAACAUUUUAGAAUGUGAGGUCACCUCACUUGGUUUAGUCAUCUAAAAAAACUACUGUAAUAUCAGAUUUUUUCUUUAGACCAAAAUUCUGCAGAUUUACAUGUUGGGUAACAGAACACUAAAUGCUGUGAAAAUUAUAUAAGAUACAUUGCGUGCAUUUAUCUGGUGCCCUGCUUUUUUUUUUCAAUAAACCUUUUGUAGUAUUUAUUACACAAGAAUAAAUUUAUUGCCAAUUUUAUAAAAUUUCAGAACUAGCAAAAAUUAAACCUUGAUGAAAAUAUCUGAUUUGACAGUACAUGUAUCUCAUAAUACAUGAUGAUUUGUGAGAUAUUAUUUUGUAUAUUCAUUGAAAGGUUGUAUAUUUGUAGUAUUAUUGGAAGAGAGAAAAAAUGGGACAAACUUGAUGAUAUAGUUUUGAUUUUAAGGACCCUAUCCAAUCUUGAUUUCUUUGAUGUUAAAAUAAUUGAUUUUUUGAGGCCUUCAUUUACUAAAGAGUGGCAGACGUCAUAGUCGCUUGAUGAAACCACUUCCUGUUUAGUCAUCACAGGUUCCAACUGUGAUUUGAAACUGUAUAAUGUAUAAGAAGUCAGUUAUUUUACCCUAGCUGUGCUGAAUUUGUAUAACAGAAUUAUAAUGUUUAGAAUUUUGCCCAUGGUUUAAGCACAGGGGUACGACUCCUAUAAUGUUUAUAAAAAUAUAUGUAUGAUGACCUAAAACAUAAAUCCAAGGGCAGAAAUUUAUUUUUUGUCCAUUCCAAUUGCACUAUUAAAGGUUAUCAAACAUAUUUUAUGAACAUAAAAGGAGUCAUACCCCUGUGGGUUUAAGGGAUUUGACUACCAAAACACUAAAAUUCAGUGAAUUCAUACUGUAGUAUAUUGUUGUAGGCAAGUUGUUAAUGUUCUGAUACUGGUCACAGCAUUAUAAUAAUAAUGGUACAUUGUAUAAAAACAUUUUCAAAUUGAUAUCUGUUAAAAGGAAAGACUUAAAAAGAAGGUUUUGGCUGCACAAAUUUUCAUUCAAGAGAGAUGAAAUGGCUUUAUAGGUACAUACAGCAUUUAAUGUAAUUUAUAUUUAUUUGUUUGCUUUGAUUUUAGGUGAUGAAUAGUUAAAUGCUAAUUUUAGGAGUAAUUGAUACUCUCCGUUCUUGCUCUGUCUAUAUGCACUCUCCAGUUCUUGUUUGGUACGCUGAUAGGUGCUUUGAUAAUGAUCUUGAUUGACUGAAUUUUGUUGGGGACAGCAUAAAGUGAACUUGUUUGGUCAUGAACUUAUCAUACUUUUCAAAGACCAUAAGCCUAAAGUCCUCAUACCUGGGAUAAUCAGGAGAGCUGAAAAAGAUGUAGAAUAAUCACACUUGUAAUUUUACUAGAAUUCAUCUUAAUAUUUGUGCUUUUUGAACAUUUUAUCAAGAUAGGAAGGGGAUGUUAUCUUUGCUAGGUCCUUCCCAGCCAUUAGAUAUCCAUAAAGGAUAGAGAUUUUUAAUUUUGACACAAGAAAAUUUUUCUUUAUCUUAGAUGUAUGGUUUUAGGAUUUAUUGUGCAUGUGCUAUAGUUUUGAAGUGUAAAUGAUAAUAUUUGUGUUACAUGAAAGAACAAAAAAGGGGAACAAGUUUUUACAAUAUAAUGCAUUUUUUCCCAUUUAAUUUCAGUUCAGCCACCACAAUGUAAUUAACCCUUAGGCCUGCUGGCGGGAUGAUUCUACCCAUAUGUCCAGUUUAGACCUGGAUAAGCUGGCAUGUCCGUGCCAUCUAAUCAUGGUCUGCACUGUUUGCUAUUCAGUGAAUAAUGUUAAUUGUCAUAAUAAAUUUUUAAGAAUGAUAUUUUACUCACAUGGUUCUACUCAGGUGCCUAUUUGUGCCUGAAAUAAUGCAUGGAUGGGCAUCUGAGGUCUUCCUCCACCAGUAAAGCUGGACAGUCGCCAUAAGAUGUAUACUGUGUUGGUGUGACGUGAAACCCGACUAAAAAAAAAACAAACUCCCAUGGUUUUCUAUGAAACUUGCUCACAAGAGCAAAUGAACAUAUUUUUAUUUAUGUGAUGAAAACAAACAAAAACAUCCACUAGUGUUGAAGUGGUUGCUGCAAGUUUUUGCUUUAAUGUAGAAUUAUUGUGUAGAAUUGCAGAUUGGUAUUGAAUUUUUACAUGUAUUGCUGUGAUAUGGAAACAAAAUGUGUGCUGUAUUUCUUAUGUUUCAAGUUUCUCAUCUUUUUUUUCUAUUAUAUUUAUGUUAACAGUCAACCUGUCCUAUAGAACAGAUUAUCAAAACCUCCGUGCUUGGGUGGUUAUUGGCUCUAUAUCUAUUUUUCCUCCUUGCUGAUGCAGGUUCAAAUUUUGCCACUUGUGUUGAAUAUUUAUUGUUAUAGCUGUGCGGGAUGCUUACUGUAGGUCAGUAAUUCUACCCUGCAUAGUUCAAGCUUUGUGCCUAAAAUUAAGCACUACAGGAGCUUUCAUCAGUAAAACAGUAUGUGAUGUCUCCCUCCCUCAGUAAGAACGGGAACUUCACUAAUUUCACUUUAACGGUGACAGUGGUAACUGGCUUAGCUCAAUAGGGGGAGCAUCAAAUUAGUAAUACAAGGGUUGUUGAAGCAUAAUUUCUCUGUGACAAUUAAUCUCGGACAUUGAGUCUAAUGGUCAUUUGUCUCUCACCGCUGGUUCAGAAAUCAUGUAGGAUUAGUACUUGGUCAUUUAGUAUUGGUAAUUAUUAUUAGUUAGUUAUCAUAGAAAGCUUAUUAGGUGAAUCGACCACCGAGAAAUGACCAAAAAUGUGUUGAAAUUGGAAUAAAAACCAAGGGGGAGGGGGACAAUUGUUUACUCAAAAUCCAACCAAAAUAUGAAGUUUAUUCUUAGAACUGGUCUGUCUGUUUGUGUAUGAUAUUAGAAUGUGUGUGAUAUAACUAUGAAAUAAUGGUCAUAUAAUUGUUUAAAUAGCAUAUUUUGUUGUUUUUCUUAUUAGCAGCUACCUUGACAUCAAGUGUAGAAAUUAAAAUAGCCUAUGAUAAAGCCAUAGUCUCAUAGUCCAUGAGUGCAAGAAAAAGAUACAUGUAUGUUCCAUAGGUUAUCAUAUUUUAUUUUUGACUUUUUGAAAAAAAAAAUUUCCAAAUAUAUUUGUAAGAUAAACUUGGAAGAAUUGACAUAAAAUUCAUUGUCUUAUGCUGCUUGUUUCUAAUACAAUGCAGGUCUGAAUUCCACCGUUUAUAUAUCCCGGUUCAUAUUUUUAUAGAUUUAUUUGCAAACUAGGGAUGAUUGGUGUUGCUUUUAAACCGCAAGGUUGUUUGUGUGAGUUUAUGUCCAACCUGUAGUAAAAUAAGUGCUAGCCUCGUUUGAUAUGAUCUCUGAAGAAAAGUAUGAUUAUGCAUCAGUCAAUUUUAACAACAACCAAAUUGACUAGUACAUGAUUGAUUUGUGUUUGUAGUAUAUGUAACUGGACCUGCUUACACAUUGAAUCUGUCAACUUUUUAACUUGAUUGUUUGAAAUUAUAUUAAAACAUGUAAUAUAUAUAUAUAUAUAUUUUACAUUGUGUAUUUAUCAUCCACAGUUUUGUGAUUGCUUUAUGAUUUUUUUUUGCAUUGAGCUUACUUUGAUCUUAAAUACAAAGGUCACCUUUUGUGCAUAGGUCAUUUGUUUUGGUUGACCCUUCAUGUUUGGGAUCAAAGACUAUAAUUUAUGUGGCCAACCCAAUGUGUAUAAAGGUCAAAUUUCAUAUUUGACCCUGUAUGUAUAAAGGUCAAAUUUCAUGUUUGACCUUGUAUGUGUAGAGGUCAAAUUUCAUGUUUGACCCAGUGUGUUUAAAGGUCAAAUUUCAUGUUUGACCCAGUAUGUAUAAAGAUUAAAUUUCAUGUUUGACCCUGUAUAUGUAAAGGUCAAAUUUCAUAUUUGACACUAUGAGUAUAGUGGUAUAUUUUCAUUUUCAAUCUUAUGUGUAUAGAAAUUAAAUAUGAAAUUUGACCCUAUGCGUAAAGGUCAAAUUUCAUGUUUGACCCUGUAUGCAUCAAGGUCAAAAUUCAUGUUUGAAGGUAUGAUGAUGUGUUUUGUCUAAUGUGUAUAAAAUUAAAUAUAAAAGUUGACCGUAUGUGUAAAAGGUCAAUUAUUGUAUUAUAUGCCUUACUUUGAUGUGCAAUAAAAUGUAACUUUGACAUAAUUUGUAUCAUUAUUGUUAUUCCAUAUGACAUGUUGGAUGAAUGAAAUAAGGUCAUGUUUGCUUAACAUUACAUUGAUUUUACGUACAUUGGUUCUCUUUCUGUUAUUAGUUUUUGUCAAGUAAGUUUUUUUUCACGUUUACAACAUGUAUUACUAUGAAUAGCAUUAGAUCAAUGUCAGAUCAAUUUAAUGCUGAACAAAACAUUGUAAAUGUAAUCUUAAAAUUUCUUAUAUAAAAAGUUGUCAUUUCUUUCCUUUUGUAGUGGAAUUAAUGAAUUAUGUGUAGGUUUGUGUUAGUGAGUCAGCAUGAUGUGUUGAAAUUAAAUCCGUAUGACAUGACACAGUUGUGCGACAGAUUUGAUAGAAUAAAUGCUGACUUAACAAAAACGUACCUACUUAGUGGUUGAAAUUAUGUUUUUAAUCUUUACAUUGUGCAAGUAUGAUGCUUUGUUUUAACAGGAUAUUAUUAAAUGUCAAGUUAGUGCUGAUUAAAUGAAUAAAAUGUAUCAAAAAAAUUUGAAAAAUCAAAUCAUUUCAUUGGACAAAAUAUAAUUUCAACCACUUACUUCUGUUUGUGUACAUACUCAUACUUCAUUCAACUUUAUCAUGAUUUAUUUGGCACUUUGUUGUUUUAAAGCACCUUAAAUGAAUUGACUGUUAUUUUUGAUCAACUUGUAAUGAAUUUUUAAGUAGUGUAAUGGUGAAAUUUCUUAUGAAAAGUUAACAUUUUGAUAUUAGCCAAAUAAAAUUAUUGUAUUGAAAUACAA